UCGACGCGAUGGCGCGCUGUGUGUCCACCGGCUCCUGGCGCUGCUUCGCGCUGCUGCUCGUGGGCUACAUGCUCUACCUGCUUGUGGGGGCGGCGCUCUUCUCUGCCGUGGAGCAGCCCUACGAGGAGCUGCUGCGCCAGGAGCUGCGGGGUCUCCGGCUCGAGCUGCUGCGGGACUCCGCGUGCGUGUCCGAGGAGCGCCUGGACGCCUUCUUGUCCCGCGUGCUGGAGGCCAGUGACCAGGGCGUGUCCGUGCUGGAUGCCGAGAGUGCGCGCGACCCCUGGAACUGGGACUUCACCUCGGCGCUCUUCUUCGCCAGUACCGUGCUCACCACCACAGGCUAUGGCCACACGGUGCCGCUGUCGGACGGGGGCAAGGCGUUCAGCAUCAUUUACUCGCUCAUAGGCAUCCCGUUCACCCUCCUCUUCCUCACGGCCGUGGUGCAGAGGAUCAUGGUGUUCACGACGAGGCGCCCCGUGGCAUACGUGCACCGGCGUUGGGGGAUCCCUCGUUCGAAGGUGGCCGCCAUCCACGCCGUCCUGCUGGCCCUCCUCGCCAUCUCCUUCUUCUUCCUCAUUCCUGCCAUCAUCUUCUCUGUGCUGGAGGAGGACUGGAACUUCCUGGAGUCCUUCUACUUCUGCUUCAUCUCCCUCAGCACCAUCGGCCUGGGAGACUACGUCCCUGGGGAAGGUUACCACCAGAAGUACCGGGAGCUCUACAAACUGUCCAUCACCGUCUACCUGAUCGUGGGCCUCAUCGCCAUGCUGGUGGUCCUGGAGACCUUCUGCGAGCUGAAGCAGAUGAAGCAGCUGAGAAAGAUGUUCUACUUGGAGAAGGAGAUGCCCGAGGACCAGCUGGUCAUCAUCAACCAGGACCAACUGUCUUUCUACUCUGUUACGGACCCCAUUGCGGUGGUCCAGGAGGACAAGGUGGACAUGUUUGCGGGAGCCCUGGGGCAUCUUGGCAACGGACUGCCAACACAUUGAGGAUGGCAGCGUGGCAGAAGGUGAUGGAGCUGAGUAACGAUGUCAGACUAGACCCGGUUUCCUCCGGUCAUCUCUAAUCUUCACCAAUCCCCAAUGGUCACCACUCUUCUCUGUCCUUCACCAGUCUUUUCCAGUUAUGUAGAGUUUCUCCAGUCGCCAAGAAUCCUCUCCAGUCUUCUCCAGUUAUCUUCAUUCUUCAUCCAUCUUCAUUCUUCAUCCAUCUUCAUCCAUUCU